AUGUUAGCUGCUUCAAGAUCAUCAAUUCGUCGUUGUUUUUCUACUUCAGCCACUGCCUUAAAAACUUUAAAAAUUGGUUUGAUUCCAGGUGACGGUAUUGGUCGUGAAGUCAUUCCAGCUGGUCAAGCUGUUUUGGAAAACUUACCAGCCAAACACGAUUUACAAUUUGAGUUCGUCAAUUUGGACGCUGGUUUCGAAUUGUUCAAAAAAACUGGUACUGCUUUACCAGAUGAAACCGUUGAUGUUUUAAAGAAAGAAUGUGAUGGUGCUUUGUUUGGUGCUGUUUCUUCCCCAACUACUAAAGUUGCUGGUUAUUCUUCACCAAUUGUUGCAUUGAGAAAGAAAAUGGGAUUAUACGCCAAUGUCAGACCAGUUAAAUCUGUUGAAGGUAUUGGUAGACCAGUUGACAUGGUUAUCGUUCGUGAAAACACUGAAGAUUUAUACAUUAAAGAAGAAAGAGUUUACAAAAAAGAAGAUGGUACUAAAGUUGCUGAAGCCAUUAAAAGAAUUACCGAAACUGCUUCCACAAGAAUUGCUAAAAUGGCUUACGAUAUUGCUUUACAAAGAGAAGCCGUUAGAAAAGGUUCUUCUGCUAAACAACUCCACGACAAACCAUCUGUUACUGUUACCCACAAAUCCAAUGUUUUAUCACAAUCUGAUGGUUUAUUCCGUGAAACUUGUCGUGCAGUCUACGAUGCCAACAUCAAUGAAUACGGUGGUAUUGAAUAUAAAGAACAAAUUGUUGACUCUAUGGUCUACCGUAUGUUCAGAGAACCAGAAAUCUUUGAUGUCGUUGUUGCUCCAAACUUAUAUGGUGAUAUUUUGAGUGAUGGUGCUGCUGCAUUAGUUGGAUCUUUGGGUGUUGUUCCAUCUGCUAAUGUUGGUGACAACUUUGCCAUUGGUGAACCAUGUCACGGUUCUGCUCCAGAUAUCGAAGGUAAAGGUAUUUCCAACCCAAUUGCCACUAUUAGAUCAACUGCUUUGAUGUUGGAAUUCAUGGGUUACCCAGAAGCUGCUGCCACUAUCUACGAAGCUGUCGAUGCUAACUUGGCUGAAGACAAAAUCAAAACUCCAGAUUUAGGUGGUAACUCCACUACUCAAGAUGUCAUUAACGAUGUCAUCAGAAGAUUCUAA